AUGACUGCGCCUUCCGCCCAUCCUACUUUAACACCACAAUUCUGCUUCUCUUCCGUCGCUCUUAGAGACUUUCUUCGAAUAUCUCGCAGUGCGAUCGACGACUCGAUAACGCAAAACCUCAAUGCUCUUGUAACCCCAUCUCAGUCAGGGUUCGACCCUUCUUCCACUUCUGUCAGAAUCCCACGAGCUUCCAGUCGAACUAUCGAACCACGAGAAUGUCAGGCGUUCAAGGACAACAUCUUAUUCCCCUCUUGGCAAGCAAGAUCCGAUGUUUUGACUUAUUGCGCCUACGUAGCUACUAGUCCAGAUCCAGAUGACCCCGAGGUUGGUCUUCGAGAAGUCGAGACCGAGAAGGAUCGCGAGAGGGUAGUCGAUGAGAGGUUAGAUCCAUACUCUGGACGUUACUUUCCUCGAGAGCCUCGGACGGAAAUGCUGGCCAAUCUUCUAAGACAAGAAAGAAGCGUGGAAAACAUUGUUCGUUCUCGAACAUGGAACUUGGUACGGGAACGUUGCGGUGAUAGUUUUCAAGACGCGGAACAGGCCCUGAACAGCUGGAGAGAAGCAAGAGAGCGCCAUAGUUCAUGA